CAUGUCAUCACAGUCCUGCUGAGAAGUGCCCUCACGAGGCAGCAGAUAGAAUCAAUGGUUAAGCCAGGGGGGAUUCGCCCCACCGCAGGUUACGAGUGGAAAGCAGCUGCUUGCAUCACAGACAUCCACAAAAUGCCUUAUUUUACAAGACUCAUUUUGUUCUUGUUUUGCCUGAUGAUUCUUGUGGAAAGCAGAAAGCCCAGGCGGAGGAGAUGGACAGGGCAACUUGAAAUGCCCAAGCCAAGUCACUUAUAUAAGAAGAACCUUGACAUAACCAAAAUACGAAAAGGGAAACCGCAGCCGCUUCUCAGAGUGGACGACCAUGAUUUCAGCAUGCGACCUGCCUUUGGAGGUCCUGCCAUUCCAGUGGGUGUGGAUGUGCAGGUGGAGAGCCUGGACAGCAUCUCCGAGGUGGACAUGGACUUCACCAUGACCCUAUACUUGCGGCAUUACUGGAAAGAUGAAAGGUUGGCCUUCUCCAGCACCAGCAACAAGAGCAUGACCUUUGACGGCCGGCUGGUGAAGAAGAUCUGGGUCCCUGACAUCUUCUUUGUUCACUCCAAAAGGUCAUUCAUCCAUGAUACUACCACUGACAACAUCAUGCUGAGGGUGUUUCCAGAUGGCCAUGUGCUGUACAGCAUGAGGAUCACAGUCACUGCCAUGUGCAACAUGGACUUCAGCCACUUUCCCCUGGACUCACAGACCUGUUCGCUGGAGCUGGAAAGCUAUGCAUACACAGAUGAAGAUCUGAUGCUGUAUUGGAAGAAUGGGGAUGAAUCACUGAAAACAGAUGAGAAGAUCUCCCUGUCUCAGUUUCUGAUCCAGAAGUUCCACACCACUUCUAGGCUGGCCUUCUACAGCAGCACUGGCUGGUACAACCGUCUGUACAUUAACUUCACAUUACGCCGUCACAUCUUCUUCUUCUUGCUUCAAACCUAUUUUCCUGCCACCUUGAUGGUCAUGCUGUCCUGGGUGUCCUUCUGGAUUGACCACAGAGCUGUUCCUGCCAGAGUUUCACUGGGUAUCACCACAGUGCUGACUAUGUCCACCAUCAUCACAGGUGUGAAUGCUUCCAUGCCUCGCGUCUCCUACAUCAAGGCUGUGGAUAUCUAUCUCUGGGUCAGCUUUGUGUUUGUGUUCCUCUCAGUGCUAGAGUAUGCAGCUGUCAACUACUUGACUACGGUGCAGGAGCGGAAGGAGAGGAAGCUGCGCGAGAAGUUCCCAAGCAUGUGUGGAAUGCUUCACUCAAGAACCAUGAUGCUGGAUGGAAGCUACAGUGAAUCUGAAGCCAACAGUCUGGCGGGCUAUCCGAGAAGCCAUAUUCUGACAGAAGAAGAAAGGCAAGAGAAAAUAGUGGUCCACCUGGCCCUGAGCAAUGAGUCCAACUCCUCCCGCAAGAAGGGGCUUCUCAGUGGCCAGAUUAGUCUCCGCAUAUUCCAGAACACUCAUGCCAUUGACAAAUACUCUAGGUUGAUAUUCCCUGCCUUCUACAUACUUUUCAACUUAAUUUAUUGGUCAGUGUUUUCCUAGGGACUCCGAGGCUGUGCCUGGGAACGGAUGAUAAAAACCACAGAGCAUGGCCAGCCAUGGACCUGCUGAACCUACUUUGCUUGUUAAGCUAAGGCGGCGGCUCCUGGACCACCCUGAGCAGGCCUGUCUAUCAGAGGAGUCC